AUGGCGGAGCAAGAUUACAUGUUGCUGGUGAAGCCGAAGAUAGAUGAACUCAUGGAGCAGAUAGAACUCGACCAGAGUGUCUCGCAGCAAAGCUCGCCACGAGAGCGAUACACACAAACGCUCCUCAAGAAACUCCCACCUUCUCCCCACAUCCUAGAACUCGGUUGCGGCCCCGGCAUCCCCACCCUACGAUCCCUCCUCGACCAAGGCGCCCACGUAGUCGCAAACGACAUCUCAACCGCACACAUCCAAAUGGCCCACCGCUCCUGUCCAGAAGCCAAACUCCUCAUAGGCGACAUGACAGCCCUGAAUUUCGCCCCAUCGACCUUCCACGGCGCAAUCGGUUUCUAUACGCUUUUCCACCUCCCCCGCUCUAAGCUCCGCGGCAUGCUCACCAAGAUCCAUACGUGGCUGAAACCUGGUGGCGUUUUCGCCUUCAACCUCGCGACUAUUGACGAGGAGGAAAUUCAUGGCGAGGUUUUGGGUUAUGGGAUGUUUUGGAGUGGUUAUGGUGUUGGGCAUAGUCGGAGGCUGGUUGAGGAGGUCGGGUUCGAGGUUUUGCUGGGCGAGGUGGUGAAGGCGGGGGAGGGGCGGUUGGAGGAGUGGGAUCAGGAUUUGAGGCGGAGAUUUUGUGGGUGGUGGUGGGGUAGAUGA